AUGCCGGUGGGUAAGAUUUGUUUUGCAGUAUUCGAAGGGCGGCCAAACAAUGUGGAUCGCUUGGAGAAGUCGUCCCGAUUAGGCAAGGAGGGAGAGGAUCGAAGAGGGUGGGUGAGAGAGCAGGAGGGGGACGGCGAGGCUGAGGGACGUGGUAGGGAUCAGAGGAGGCGUGUCCGAGGGACUUGGGGGACCGGUAGAAAGGCGGGCAGGGCGUCACGGACUCAAAUAGAGCAGUCGUCCUGCCCUUCCCAUCCGUGCUCCCCCAGUCCACCCACCGCCCGUCAUCUCCGCGAGAGCUCUUCCGCCUGUGCUCGACUGCCCGCACCCAUGGCGUACUAUGCACCGACGGCAGAUUCUGUCUCCGGUCCGAUCCCGUCCUACCCAGCCUUCAACUUUCCCCUCGAGCAGCCCGCCGCCAUUGCCCCGGGCUUUGUCCCCACCGCGAAUGCCGAUCAGGCGUACCCGUCUGUCACCGGAGCCAUGUUCUCCACAUGGGACACCGCCCAAGACGAUCACCGAUGGCCACCUUUCCCCGCCCUUGAGCAAGAGCCCGCCGGGCCCGCGUUCGCCCCCGCCGAUCUCUCCCCGUCCGCGUUCCCCGGCGCGAUGCCCGACUACCCCGAGUCGUCCCACCGCACCGUCCUCGCCGAUCCCCGCCCGUCCGGGGGGCCCUCCGCCCGCCCGCCGCAGUGGUCCCGGGCGCAGCAGCUGUACACCAUCGAGUCCGAGCCCGCGCCCGCCGUCGACCGGGCCAUCUUCCUCCCCAGCCCCCGCUCCCCGUCCCCGGCCGAGAACAUCAAGCCGGAGCCCUCGGACCCCGACUCCGACUUCAUCUUCGAGCUCGAGCCCGCCUCCCCGCCCCCGACCGAUCCCGACCAUCUCUCCUCGUGCACCGAGGUCCCCCUCCGCGCCACCAACGCAUCCCCCGCGAUGCGCAAGAUGAUGAGCGUCUUCCGCCUGCACCCUUUUGCCGUCCACAACGGCCGCGGCGCUGCCGUCGCUGCCGUGCCCCUCGUCGACGUCGGGCCCCUCACCGAGGAGCCCAUCAUGGUCGAGUUCCAGGUCUAUCUCCCACAUCCCCUCGUCCCCCAGUCUCCCGAGCCAGACGACGACCGCCCCCAGUACACCCGCCAGCGCAUGCACGCCCGCGAACAGCCCUCCGCUUGGCUCCGCUCCCCAUCCCCAGCCUCCAGCACAUAUCCAGACCCAUCCGACGCCCGCGAGGACCAGUGCAACUGGCGCUUUGCCGACGCCGACCUCCCGUAUCCCUCGAGCCCCGUCGAACCUCCGCCCUUUGCGCCCCUCAUGACCCCCGCCCAGAGCCUCCACUGGAGCAUGCGCUACGGCGUCGACGGCACCAUCCCCUUCCCAACACCUGCCGAAGCGCAGGUUUCUCGUCCCCCGCAGCAGAGUCUCGCGCCCAAGUAUCUGCACCAACAGCAGCAGCAGCAGCAGCAGCAACAGCAGCAGCAGCAACAGCAACAGCAGCAGCAGCAACAGCAACUGCAACUGCGGCAGCUGCAGCAACUGCAACGCAGGCACGACCAGCACACGCCAACGGGCCUCGACCAUGCCAUGCGCUCCGUCUCGCUCUCCCAGCAAUUCUCCGCUCCCAUGCACCCCGCGCACCCCCUUGCGCGGAACGUACGCACGCACUCGCAUUCGCAGUCCACGUCGUCGCAGCCAGCAUCGUAUGCCUCCACCUCUUCCACCACCACCGCCUUCGGUGCGACCGACGAGUUCACCAUGCCCGCGGACUGUGAGCGCGCCGCGCCCGACGCCUACGCGUGGUAUCGCCGCGCGCUCUUGUCCGAGUGCUACGCUUAG